CACGCACAUGCCAGGUCAACACCCAGCCACGAAACCAAGCCAACAGUGUCCAGCACUCUCUCAAACCAACCGUGACCAUGUCUGAACAGUACGGACACAGCGACCAAACCGACGACACUGGCCGAAGGCCCUAUUCAUUCGACCUCACCCUCGAGCAGCAGCUCGACAACGAGUCUCUUCCGCCGUUGUCACCUGCAGCUGCCACGGGCCGCCCACAGUCCGUAGACACCAACGUCCUGGCAUCUGUAAUCACCCAACUUCGUACUUCUCUCUCAGAGGUCACUCGAGAGCGAGAUGAACUUGCCAAGUCGCUCGCUGAAUUUCAGGCCCGGGAAGCCGAUGUCAAGGAUGCUAUCGCGAACAUGUCUGAGAAGUGUUCCAAUUUACAGGACCAGCUGGACAGAGCAAACGACAGGACAAAGGAGGAUGAGAAUACUAUUUCUGUCCUCCGUGGCAAGGUCGAAGAGAGCAGGCGCGGACUCAUGCGACUACAAAGCGAGAGUCGGAGGGCGAGCCAGCUGCCACCCCAGCUUGAUCUUUCGAAAGCUGGGACGUUCGCAAGCCUCCCAAUUUCGUCUGCAAAGCGUGCAUCUUUUGCUCCCUUGACAGGGUCGACCCCUGGCCGGCUAAAUGCACACCGACGCAUAUCUUCUGUAACGGAUGCGAGCUUCUCGAGGCUAGAAGGGAAUCCCCCGACUCCCAACGCUGGAAGUUUCGGCUUCACAGAACUGUCUUUGCCGCCCAAUAAAGCCCAACCAUCGCCAUCUAGGCCAUCAUCGCUAUACCAAAGGCAAGACUCGCCACCCAGAUCUUUUCGGGCGUUAGAGGAUUCGCCCGAGGUCGAAAGGCUGCGCAAGGAGGUUCACUCCCUCAAAACCGAGCUCGAAGAUGUCAAACACGAGCUGAGCGAAUCAAACGAGGCACGCGAAGCGUCUGAACUCUGCGUCAGAGCUCUUCGCGCGUUCAUAGAGGAGAACAACGUCGGCAUCUCCGCACCUGGCGGGCCGGGUACUUCAGCUGGCUCAUCGUCGUUGCUCCCCAGGUCUUCUUCAUUUUCCCAGGCGGAACCUAAGAAGAGCGCCCCUGCUGCGGGAGGAUGGGGCUUCAAACUCUGGCGAGCAGAGACGCCAGCAAAGAGUGCUGCACCUGCACCUGCACCUGCACCUGCAGCUCCCACCCCUACUGCAAUUUCCGGUGCUGGCGUGCCACUAGUACAACCACCUCCUCAACCUCUGACGAAGAAACUCGGUGACUUUUUUGGUACUCGGGCCAGCAUCAGUUCCUUCACCGCAGUACCUGCCAAACCAUUCAGAAUGGAGCAGGAACUGAUGUAUAACGGAAUGUCUGACUCAUCGUCUGUGGAGGAUUCAGUCGCCGAACCCGUCAGUCCGGCCAGUGAUUUCCCCCGACCUGUAUUGGUCAGAGACUCUGUGAGCGUUACGUCGGGUUCCUCACGAGAUCUAGGCGCAAGUCCAGACCAGAAAGCUGUGCGACCAUCAUCACCGCCCACUGUCGAAGGGCCAUUUACGCCAGUUGCUCUAUGAGAGGACGUUGUCUAUGCACUGUCCCGUGGCGUCUCCUCACCCUGAAGUACUGAUAGGUAAUUGAUGCGGCAGUACUAUAACCAACUCUCGGACGGUUUUUCCCCAAUCUGAUCCUACCAUAGAUGCUGGUGUGUCAGCGAAAGAGGGUCAGAACCUUUUUUCUCUCUCAGCGUGUCGGUUCCUACUUUAUAUGAUACAAGUGGAGACUAGUGUACAUAGAUACUUAUACCUGUAAUUCCCUGCUAUCCACGCGUGUUUGGAG